AUGUUUCCCUUUUCAUUUUCCUUACAUCUGCCUGCCACAAUUGUAUUUUCCUCAGUGUCCCACCACUUGAUCCAAGAACCAUUUCCUUGUAGUCCCCACCACUUUUUGCCACAAUGUUUCCCCUUUUCAUUCCUUACAUCUGCCUGCCACAAUUUGUCCCACCACUUGAUCCAGAACCCUUUCCUUGUAGUCCCCACCACUUUUGUCACAAUGCUUUCCCUUUUCAUUCCUUACAUCUGCCUGCCACAAGUAUUUUCCUCAGUGUCCCACCACUUGAUCCAAGAACUUUUUCCUUGUAGUCCCAUCAUUUGUCACAAUGCUUCCCCUUUUUCAUUUCAAUGUUUUACAUCUGCCUGCCACAAUUUGUCCCACCACUCAACCUUUUCCUUUCCUUUUAAUUCCUUUUACAUCUGCCUGCCACAAUUGUACUUUCUCAGUGUCCCACCCUUGAUCCAAGAACCUUUUCUUGUAGUCCCCAACAUUUCUUUUCUUCCCUUUUCAUUCCUUACAUCUGCCUGCCACAAGUGCAUUUUUCCUCAGUUCCCCAUCACUUUUUUGACACAAUUCUUUCCCUUUUCAUUCCUUACAUCUGCCUGUCACAAUUGUACUUUCCUCAGUGUCCCACCACUUGAUCCAAGCACCUUUUUCUUGUGGUCCCUACUGCUUUUGUCACAGUGUUUUCCAUUUUCAUUCCUUACAUCUGCCUGCCACAAUUUCCCUACCACUUUUGCCAGAUACUUCCUUUUUUCAUUCCUCAGUGUCCCACCAUUUUCCUCAGUGUCCCAAGAUCCAAGCAACCUUUUUCUUGUAGUCCCUACCAUACUUUUGACACAAUUCUUCCCUUUUAAUUCCUUACAUCUGCCUUUGCCACAAUUGCAUUUUCCUCAGUGUCCCACCAGUGUUGAUCCAAGAACCUUUUUCCUUGUAGUCCCUAUCAUAUAUGACACAAUCUUUCCCUUUUCAUUCCUUACAUCUGCCUGCCACAAGAGCAUUUUCCUCAGUGUCCCACCACUUGAUCCAAGAACCUUUUCCUUUUCCUUUGUAGUCCCCCCAUUAUAUAUGACACAAUUGUCUGCCUUCUUUUCCCUUUUUCAAUUCCUUACAUCUGCCUGCCACAAUUUGUCCCACCACUUGAUCCAAGCACCCUUUUCUUGUAGUCCCAGUGUUUUCCAUUUUCACUCACAUCUUUUGUCCACCAAUGCACCUUCCCCUUUUCAUGUUUUCCUUACAUCUGCCUGCCACAAGUGUUUUUCCUCAGUGUCCCACCACUUGAUCCAAGCACCUUUUCCUUGUAGUCCCCACCACUUUUGCCACAAUGUUUUCCCUUUUCAUUCCUUACAUCUGCCUGCCACAAGUGUACUUUCCUCAGUGUCCCACCACUCGAUCCACGCACCUUUUCCUUGUAGUCCCCACCACUUUUGCCACAAUGCUUUCCCUUUUCAUUCCUUACAUCUGCCUGCCACAAUUGUAUUUUCCUCAGUGUCCCACCACUUGAUCCAAGCACCUUUUCCUUGUAGUCCCUACCACUUUUGCCACAAUGUUUUCCUUUUUCAUUCCUUACAUCUGCCUGCCACAAUUGUAUUUUCCUCAGUGUCCCACCACUUGAUCCAAGCACCUUUUCCUUGUAGUCCCUACCACUUUUGCCACAAUGUUUUCCCUUUUCAUUCCUUACAUCUGCCUGCCACAAGUGUACUUUCCUCAGUGUCCCACCACUUGAUCCAAGCACCUUUUCCUUGUAGUCCCCAACACUUUUGUCACAACAAUUCCUUACAUCUGCCUUGUUUUUUCCUCAGUGUCCCACCACUUGAUCCAAGCACCUUUUUCUUGUAG